GUGAACAAAGUAGAUCGGACUUUCUUCGAGAAGAAGGUGCUUCGGCUGUUUUAGUCAAAAGAUUUAAAACGUGGAUGCAAGUAGCUGGAUUAGUUAAAUUGAUGAAUGAUAAUGUGGAUUCCGCAUGUAUUUGUUCUGCUGGGACUGAGCUGCACAAGACAAGUGGCCGAAUCGGCCGACCCGUGGGGGCAAUGUCCCGCCAGCAGAAAGUGUAAAGAUAAGUUCGGGGACGGGUCAUGCGACAAGGAGUGCACCGAACCCGAGUGUCUGCGGGACGGGAUGGACUGCAUCAAGGACAGGGGACCCUGCCAUCCUGGCCACAUCCCGUACUGUCGCAACCACUACGCCAACUCUCAGUGCGACAAGGGCUGCGACAAUGCCCCCUGCGGGUGGGACGGAGGCGACUGUUUAUCCCGGGGGAACGCCCUGUGGGCCAAGGGCACCCUGAUAGUGCACGCUACUAUCCCGCAUAAAGGAGGCGCCUCCACCUUCACCAACACAUCAUUGCUGUGGGCUCUCAGCGUUUUGCUACGGAGCCCCUUAAUGCUGAGGGGCUUGGCCCCGCUCACCGCUGACAAUAGUCUGUUCGACUUGGACCCCCAGCAGCUCGUGGACCUACUGGCUCAGAAGUCAGCGGGCGAUUCAGACGGUUCCCUUGUUUUCCUGCAACUGGACAAUCGCCCCUGUUCCCGUCAACCCUCUACCUGUUUCCCACAUGCCACUGAGGCAGCUAGCUUCCUGCGGGCCAUCACAUCACAGGGGUCUGUCCCCUACCUCGCCGCUUAUCCGUCUCUCCCAGAGUUGAAGGCCAUCAUCGCCAUCCGAGGAGUCCAAGAUGAAAUAGGCAGACGGGAUGAAGGGGAGGGCACCAGGAAACAAGAAGUCAAAGAGCCUACGCCUACAUGGCUAUGGGCAGUGGUAGCCAUUUCAACGAGCCUGCUGUUGGCCCUAGCUCUGGCAGUCUUCCUGGUGGUGAGGCGAAUGAGGCGACAGAGAGAGGGGGGCGGUGACGAGGCCGGAGAUCAGCGGGUGAGGCACCGCUCUACCACCACAGAUGGCAAACCCAAGGCUUGGACGUCAAAUGCCGCUCAACAGCAGGCCAGGGGGCAGCCGGGCCGGGAGAAAGAAAAAGACAAGACAGGACUCAGGAAGAAGAAGAAAGCCAAAGAAGCUGAGAAGAGAAGGAGGAGAGAACCCCUGGGGGAGGACGCCAUUAGAAUGAGGCCUCUCAAGAGAGAUCAGGACAUGGCCAGUGACACAGACUUCACACAGAGCUCCCUGGAAGACGUGAGGACGUCUAGACGCCAAGAGGACAUCAAGCACUGUAGAGCUGGAGGAUCACAGCAACGGCGGCCAGCACCAGCUUCCUCCAGAGGCUGGGACAGGAAUGCCAUGCCUCCACCUCUGCUCAGUCCUCCGCAGCAGUCCGCAGAGUGGUGCGGCCCGGAUGGAUCGGUUGUUUUGAUCCGUGCGGUGCGUAGUGGUUUGGACAGGGUGGUUCUGGAGCUUCUCAGAGCUGGAGUGUCUGUCAACAACACGGAUCAUACUGGGAGGUCGGCUCUGCACUGGGCGUGCUCAGUCAAUCACCUCUCCUUGACCAGGACGCUCAUUCGCUAUGGCGCUGCUGUUGACUUGCAAGACAAUAAGGGUGAGACGCCGCUUUUCCUCUCCGCCUUCUAUGGCUGCUACGACACUGCCAGGCUUCUGCUCCUCCAUGGCGCAAACCUGGAGCUUCAUGACCGCAGAGGGCGUCGUCCUAUUGACGUUGCCAGGGAGGGCCUGCAUCACCAAGUCCUAGAGCUUCUGCUUGCUCACCAGAUCCAGAGGGCACCCACUACCGUAGACACGACCAGCGACAUGCUUUGGGAGGAGCGAGCUUUGAUUUACUCGCCGUGGGUUGGGACGCAAGGACGGAGUGCCUCCUUCUCUGGGAUCGUGGCGCAUCGGGAUAUGACGCCACCGCCACACAGUAACUGGUCCAUGAGCGGUGUCCAAUACCCGUCCCCACAAAACUGGCGACCGCAGCUCAACCAAUCAGCGACCGCUCUGGUGCCCCCCAGAAUCAUGGGCCGCUCCCCUCGGCCCAUCAGCACCUUGCAGGAGGUCACCUCAGAGGACGAGGACCGGGAAAGGCGGCAGGAUGCCCCCAGGGCGGUGACGCCCCACUUCUUGUCACCGCAACCAGCCCCCCGGCAGCGCUCCUUUUCAUGUACCCAGCAUGCAUUGCAGCGCCGCUCCAGCUCCCAUCAGGUAGAGCCCAACUACGUGAUUGUGACUGAACGGACAGCCAACGAGCACAUAGAACGAGUGAUCGUGUCACCUCCGCCGGAACCCGCAACUCAGUCGGAGCGUCAGGCGCUAUUGAACGACGACGGUGGCAGAGCGGAGCAAGCUAACAUUAGUGCUGCAAAUUCGGAACCAAAAUCUCGGAGUGAAAGGUCAAACAACGCCACUGAUGCCACACAGACGGCCUUAUAGUAUGGAACCUGUUGAAAAAUUUGCCUGUACGCUUUCCAAAACAGUAGCGGUGCCACAAAUAAUUAUUUUGAUCGAUAAAUUGCGGCACCCAUACAGAACAGCCAGAGCUCGUGUAUAUACAGUGGGGCAAAUAAAUAUUUGGUCAACCAUUAAUUGUGCAAGUUCUCCCACUUGAAAAGAUUAGAGGCCUGUAAUUGUCAACAUGGGUAAACCUCAACCAUGAGAGACAGAAUGUGGAAAAAAAAAACUGAAAAUCACAUUGUCUAAUUUUUAAAGAAUUUAUUUCCAAAUAGAGUGGAAAAAAAGUAUUUGUAACCUACAUACAAGCAAGAUUUCUGGCUAUCAAAGAGGUCUAACUUCUUCUAACGAGGUCUAACGAAGCUUCACUCGGACCACACGGGGGGACCUAGUGAAUGACCUACAGAGAGCUGGGACCACAGUAACAAAGGCUACUAUCAGUUAACACAAUGCGCCGCCAGGGACUCAAAUCCUGCACUGCUAGACGUGUCCCCCUGCUGAAGAAAGUACACGUCCAGGCCCGUCUGCGGUUCGCUAGAGAGCAUUUGGAUGAUCCAGAAGAGGACUGGGAGAAUGUGUUAUGGUCAGAUGAAACCAAAAUAGAACUUUUUGGUAGAAACACAGGUUCUCGUGUUUUGAAGAGAAAGAAUACUGAAUUGCCUCCGAAGAACCCACUGUGAAGCAUGGGGGUGGAAACAUCAUGCUUUGGGGCUGUUUUUCUGCAAAAGGACCAGGGACGACUGAUCUGUGUAAAGGAAAGAAUGAAUGGGGCCAUGUAUCGAGAGAUUUUGAGUGGAAAUCUCCUUCCAUCAGCAAGGGCAUUGAAGAUGAGACGUGGCUGGGUCUUUCAGCAAGACAAUGAUCCCAAACAAACAGCCAGGGCAACAAAGGAGUGGCUUCGUAAGAAGCAUUUCAAGGUCCUGGAGUGGCCUAGCCAGUCUCCAGAUCUCAACCCCAUAGAAAAUCUGUGGAGGGAGUUGAAAGUCCGUAUUGCCCAACGACGGCCCCAAAACAUCACUGCUUUAGAGGAGAUCUGCAUGGAGGAAUGGGCCAAAAUACCAGCAUCAGUGUGUGAAAAGCUUGUGAAGAGUUACAGAAAACGUUUGGCCUCCGUUAUUGCCAACAAAAGGGUACAUAACAAAGUAUUGAGAUGAACUUUUGUUAUUGACCAAAUACUUAUUUUCCACCAUGAUUUGCAAAUAAAUUCUUUAAAAAUUAAACAAUGUGAUUUUCUGGGUUUUUUUCUCUCAUGGGUGAGGUUUACCCAUGUUGCCAAUUACAGGCCUCUCUAAUAUUUUCAAGUGGGAGAACUUGCACAAUUAGUGGUUGACUAAAUACUUAUUUGCCCCACUGUACAACCUUCCUUAGUGUCCUUAAUUGCAUUAUCUUCAUCUGAAUUUAUUGAAUGUUGCAUUAAAUAUGUUUGUACAAAACAAUCUUUGGCUUUUUGGGCAGUUUUAUUUUUUUUACAGCAGUGGAAAUACAAACAUGCAAUAUUUUCAGUUUCUUUUCCACACAUCAAGUAUGGAGAAAUUAAUUCACUGAAAACGCAAG